AUGAAUAUAAUUGAAGUGUUGAAAUGGAAUUUUGGAUGCAGAAGAUAGAAUACAUGUGAUAAUUAUGGAGACUAUAUUACUACAUUUAAUGCAAAUACUUGCUCAAUGUGGCGUUAUGGUUAUAAUUUGAUCACAUCAGAUAGUUUAAUACGAAAACAUACUUCAAGACAUUUCAAUUUAACUCGUGUUUAUUAGGAUGCGUAUCCAAUAUUUGACAAGUAAUUGUGAGAUUGUAAAAAAGCUUAUGAAAAUGUGAUAUCCAAUCUAACUGCAUUUAACCAUUCUGAUUGUUCUUGUUGGAAGAGUUCGUGUAUUUAUAAUAAAGCUAAACCAGUGUAACUGGUUAUGCUUGGUGUAAUUUAUAUGACCUAAUUAUUAGUUGACUCCAUUAUUAUAAUAAUAAUGCUUGUUAAAACUAUUAUAGCAAUUGCACUGCAAAUUCUGCACAAUUCUAANAAGUGGAUUAAGGUAAAGGUUUGAGGUAGCAAAAUUUGAUAGUGAGUUGAGUAGAACAGAAUAGUAUAUAACAAAUGAAGGAGUUCUAAUACUACUUUGGAAGCAAAAAUUUGAUCAUUCUACCUAAUGA